AUGUCGCUUGUUCUUGGUGUUGAUGCCCUGGAUUCGAGUCUCUAUGAGUCUGAUAAUCCGUUGGACCCCAAAAUCGGGUUCCCUUGGCCCGAAGGUCGAAACUCCUCUUUCCACGACAAGAAGUUUAUAACCCAACCAGCAGACAAGAAUACAAAGGAAUUCUGCAUCUUGGUGGAGAAAUCCAAGAUUAACAAGCGCAUUCUGGCGUUGUGCACCAGCAGUCACGAGCUAUACAUGCGUAGAAGGAAGUCUGACUCUAUCGAAGUGCAAUAG